GCUAAGGUUAACGUAGUGAGACCACUCUUUUGUUACACACUGAGGAGGCCACCCUGGACUGGGAAGUGUCGUGAUUCACUGGACUCCUUUUUGUCAUGAAGUGGAGAAGGAUCCUCCCCUGAAGAUAAAAUGACACACUCAUCGAGGGUUGUUCUACCUUCAUGUUCUUCAUCGUCCUCUGCACAAUCUGGACUGAAGAUGAUGGGGGACCGAGGAGACGAAGAGGACAGAGGAAAUUCUCCUCCUUCCAGUGGUGUCUCUGUGAAGAGUGACUGGUCUAAAGAAGAACCUCCAUUCUUUAGUAAUGGACCAGGACCAAGACCAGUGCCCCCUUUUUCCAGUGGUGUCUCUGUGAAGAGUGACUGGUCUAAAGAAGAACCUCCAUUCUUUAGUAAUGGACCAGGACCAAGACCAGUGCCCCCUUUUUCCAGUGGUGUCUCUGUGAAGAGUGACUGGUCUAAAGAAGAACCUCCAUUCUUCAGUAAUGGACCAGGACCAGGACCCUCAGAUCCACAAAUAAGAAAGAGGCCUGUUUCAAUGGAGGAACAGCUGUCCAGCUGUGCUCUGUGUCAGGACAUCCUGAGAGAUCCAGUUUCUACCGGCUGUGGACACUGGUUCUGCAGACAGUGUAUCAGCUCUUACUGGGACCAGUCUGCUUCAUCAGGAGAAUCCUCCUGUCCUCAGUGUGGAAAAAGACCACAACUACAGAUAUCCAGUCAGUCCAGAAGUGUAACAGCAGAUAGAGGUCUACAGGAGGUUCUAGAUGAACACAGGAUCAGUCUGAGGGAGAGAUGUGAACAUGUGACUGAAGGAAGUGAUGAAGCAGGAAGUAGAACCCUCCUGAACAGGAUCUACACUGAGCUCUACAUCACAGAGGGACAGAGUGAAGAGGUGAACCGCCAACAUGAGGUGAGACAGCUUGAGACAGCUUCCAAGAUGGAGAGCCUCCAUGAGACUCCAAUCAAGUGUCAGGACAUCUUUAAAGCCUUACCUGGCCAACAGAAACCCAUCAGAGUGGUUCUGACCAACGGUGUGGCUGGUGUUGGAAAAACCUUCUCUGUGCAGAAGUUCACUCUGGACUGGGCAGAGGGCUCAGAAAACCAGGACGUCAGUCUGCUGGUUCUGCUUUCAUUCAGGGAGCUGAACUUGAUCAGAGAUGAGCGCUACAGUCUUCUGGAGCUGCUCCGUGUUUUCCAUCCAACAUUCCAGAAGGUCAGAGCCCAGACGCUGGCUGUCUGUAAACUUUUGUUCAUCUUUGACGGCCUGGAUGAAAGCAGACUGUCGUUGGAUUUCAACAUCAGUGAGGCUGUGUCUGAUGUGUCAGAGAAGUCCUCGUUAAACGUGCUGCUGACAAACCUCAUCAAGGGGAAUCUGCUUCCCUCAGCUCUCAUCUGGAUAACGUCUCGACCUGCAGCAGCCAAUCAGAUCCCUCCUUCAUGUGUGGACAGGGUAACAGAGGUCCAAGGCUUCACUGACGCCCAGAAGGAGGAGUACUUCAGGAAGAGGUUCAGUGAUGAAGAUAUGUCCAGCAGAAUCAUCUCCCACAUCAAGACAUCCAGGAGCCUCCACAUCAUGUGUCUGAUCCCAGUCUUCUGCUGGAUCACUGCUACAGUUCUGGAGUAUAUGAUGAGCACGGAGCAGAGAGGAGAGCUGCCCAAGACCCUGACAGACAUGUACUCACACUUCCUGUUGGUUCAGACCAAGAGGAAGAAGAACAAGUAUGAUGAGGGACCUCAGAUGAGUCCUGAGGAACUCACCAGAUCUGACAGGGAAGUUCUUCUGAAGCUGGGGAGGCUGGCGUUUGAACAUCUGGAGAAUGGAAACAUCAUGUUCUACCAAGAAGACCUGGAGCGCUGUGGUCUGGAUGUCACAGAGGCCUCGGUGUACUCAGGAGUUUGUACUGAGAUCUUUAAAAGAGAGAGUGUGAUCUUCCAGAAAACAGUCUACUGCUUUGUUCAUCUGAGCGUUCAGGAGUUUCUGGCUUCAGUCCACAUGAUCCACUGUUUCACCAACAGGAACGCAGAUGUCAUGGAGGCGUUCCUACAAGAGGACAACAACAGAGACUCAUCCAAAAACUCCUCUCGAAGAAAAAGGAAGUCUUUUCAAACUCCAUCCCUGGAUGACUUCCUGAAGCGUGCCAUGAAGACAUCCCUGAAAAGUCCAAUUGGACACCUGGACCUGUUUGUUCGCUUCCUUCACGGCCUCUCUCUGGAGUCCAACCAGAGACUCUUAGGAGGUCUGCUGGGUCAGACAGACAACAGUCCAGAAAUGAUCCAGAGAGUCAUCAAGAACCUGAAGAGGAUGAACAGUGAUGGUGUCUCUCCUGACAGAAGCAUCAACAUCUUCCACUGUCUGAUGGAGAUGAACGACCUCUCAGUACAUCAGGACAUCCAAGACUUCCUGAAGUCAGAGAAGAGACCAAGGAGGAAAUUCUCUCUGAUCGAGUGCUCUGCUCUGGCCUACUUGCUGCAGAUGUCAGAGGAAGUUCUGGAUGAUUUUAAUCUGAGUCAGUACAACACAUCAGCCCAGGGACGACAGAGACUGAUUCCGGCUGUGAGGAACUGCAGGAAGGCAAAGUUGUCAGACUGUGGUUUGUCAGAGAUCAGCUGUUCUUCUCUGGCCUCAGCUUUAAAGACUAACCCCUCACAUCUGAGAGUGUUGAACCUGAGUGACAACAAGCUGCAGGAUUCAGGAGUGGAGCUUCUUUCUGCUGGACUGAAGAGUCCAAACUGUCGACUGGAGACUCUGAGGUUGUCAGACUGUGGUUUGUCAGGGAUCAGCUGUUCUUCUCUGGCCUCAGCUUUAGAGUUGAACCCGUCACAUCUGAGAGUGCUGUACCUGUGGUUCAACAAGCUGCAGGAUUCAAAUGUGAAGCCGCUGUCUGAUCUUAAGAAGGAUCCAAACUACAGACUGGAGAAACUGGGAUGGAGGUAAAGUGUUUAAAGAGAGGAUCCUGAUUGUCCUGCUGGUCAGAGAGGAGGAAGCAGCAGCAGCUUGUGUGUGGUGAGUCUGUAACUGGGCCGUGUUACUGGGAGACUGACAGACCAAUCCCAACCAGUGGAGAUGAGACUGCUCUGAGAUCAGCUCCACUGUGGACCUCCCUCAUGUUUCUAUUCUAACACAGAUUCUCAGCGUAAACUGCUUUAGGACUAAAUGACUGAAGAUGAACGCCUCCAUUUGGAUACAGAUGUUGAGCUUUCUGUCACAGCGCCCCCCUGUGGAAAUACAUGAACCAGGGUUAGCUCAACUUUGGUAGAGGCCAGCUUUGGCACACCACAAUCUCCCAGUACCAAGAGAAACAUUUUCUGAUCCCUGAUCUUUAACAAAUAGCUCAUUACCAAAAUAAAUGGGACAGCCAUGUUUCUCCAGUGUUUAAUUUCUGCUUUUAUUUUUACCUUUCUCUGAUUUUAUUCAUAUUAUUGAUCACUGGAUGUGAGUGUUUAGUUGCUGUAUUAAUUGUAUUUCUUUUAUCAGCUCAUUUGUAAAUAUCUGAUUGCUUUUAUUCUGAUUGUUCUGUUAUUUUGUGUCUGUCCGUUCUUUGUGAAGUACUUUAGGCUGGAAAAGGAAAAGAGGUGGACAGAUAUUGUUCUCUCUGGGCCGAUACGGUUACAGAUUAUUAGUGAAUGAGAGCCAUAACUGAUAUUUGGAGCUGAUAUGUAUUUAAAGUAAGGAUGAGCCGUUGGUUUCAGUCAUUUAAAUGUUAGAUUAACAACAUGUCCGUUUUCUAACCCUGGCCUCCAAAGCUAGAAAUCAACUCUAUUUCUGACAUGUGCUGUUGUCUGUAAAGGAGAGCUACGAGGAACUGAACAUUUAGCACAAAGGCAGGAGAGAGCAGCAGAGGGAGAGGCAGAAAAACAAGCCUAAGUCAGAGAAGCUAACUGCUAAGCUAAGCUAACAGUUCAGCAGAUGGCGCUAAAGAGCCAGAGUGCUUGAUGAUGACCUGCAGACGUCUAAACCAACAGCUACCAAACUACAGCAGUGAUGAGAAAUAAAGUCAAAUCAACAGUUUAGCUCUGGCUCUAUCAACAGGAGAGACGGCACAGAGAGAGACGCUGAAGUGGUGGGAAAACAGGAAGUGAUGUCACACUCUCACUGUGACAGGCUCCUGUGUUUAUUGGCUGUUAAUGUGUGGCGUUGAACCAAUCAGAGUCAGAGGGAAAGGCUCACAUCACAGCAGAGCCAAAGUAGCAGACUUUUUAACCGAUGAAUUUAAUCUGUGAUCAAUGAAAUAAAAUACCAAUACAGAUCAUGAUGAAAAUGUCAGAUCUGGACCCUGAAAAUCAGCCAGGACCAUCAUGGAUCCACCUCUAGUCUGGAGGCUUUUACACAGAGAAAGCUGAGUGGAGUUGUUGUGAUAUUUGAUGGUGUGGAAACAGCUGAAUAAUGCUGACUCACUCUUUUAUUUUCAUGAGUCAUGUCAGCGUAACAAAGGAUCCAUUAGAAGAUCCAAUCAUCUGUCAUUUUAACCAAUCAUUUUGAUGUUUACUACAGUUUGAUGUUUGAGCCUUCUCUUUUCUGAUUCUGGGAUUAUAAACUGAAAUCAAGUCCAUCAGUGGAGUUUGAUCCUUGAUCAAAUUCAUGUUUAGGGGCGUCCUGUUCCUGCUAUCACUGCUUUCUGCCAGCAGAUGUCACCAUUUCCAACGUUUUCUCCCAGACUGAUGGAUCUGAAUACAUUCUUUAUCUGUGAGCAGGAAACCAACUUUGAAAUCCUCACAGCGAGAAUUAAUGUCAACUCUCACAUUAGUUCUGAUAUUUCUGAAUGUCAUCUUCAAGUCUGUUUAUUUUCUCUGUUUUUAAACUGCUGCCCCCUACUGGACAGGAGAGUGGAGCACUCCAGAGUCAGAUAAAAUGAUGAAUAAUCUGUCUGCUCUGAGAACAUUGAGUCAGAUUUGUGAUGAAUUAAAGUUUUAAAGAAGUUGAGCUUUACUCGGCUCUGUCUGCUGUGUUCAUCUUCAUUUUAGAGGGUAAACCCAGAGAGGGAUUUUCUGUUUCAAAGACACUCACAACAAGUUUAAAAGGCAGAGUUUUUUCUUAGGAACUUCCAGUUUGGUUCCAUGAUUGAUUAUUGAUUUAUCUGUGAUAUUACUGCUAAAUCUGGUCAAAACAAUCCAACAAUCGACCCUCUAAAAACAUCCACUUUGAGCGUCUUUUCAACAGAAAUCCUCACGGGGAUUUUUCUGUCUGAUGAACUGUCCCAAUUAUUUUGUCACAAGCCGUUCUUGAUGCCAGAUCCACCAAUCCCAGUUUCUAUGAUGUGUUUCUAUUUCAGAGAAUGACCUGUUUGUGUAGAGGGGAUUUAUGUGAGCAGAGAUUUCAGAGAAAAGCCGUUAAAAAUCUCCUUUCAUCCGUUCAGCUCUAACAUGAAGACGUUUUUAACAUUCAAAGAUCAAACUUUGUUUUGUGUCCCGUUGAUGUUCUCCUGCUAUUUUAUCAGGAUUAAAAUGGUUGAAAUGUGUUCUCAGAUGUUUGGAGCUGAUUUGAACGUGUUUUGAACCAAACGUUGUUGUUGAAAUCACGGCUAGUGCUCUCUGGGUAUGUACCCCACCACAUCAGUUCAACAGAUGAUCUCCAUGUUUCUGUGAGAUCAGAUGAAGCCAGGGUUUAACAGAGGCUGCUCUUUCAUUUCUACUCUUGCUGUAAACCCAAACACACUUUUAUUUCUGUCAUGUUGGACAUGGAUGUGACUCUAGAUACCUGGACUAAAGAAUGUUCCUCCAAUCUAUUCUCCAUUUGAAAUGAUUUAUCAGGAUAACUGCCAGGAUGUUAGAGUCAUCAGUUCCAGUCCUUCCACAUAGAGUCUAAUAUGACAGAAAAACAUGUCAUCUCACAGCAGAGUGUUGGGGAACAGACCACCAAAGACAAACAGGCUCAGAACAACCAUGGAGUGAUUACAGUUAGACUUUGAACCCCACUGGGACCAGCAUCCAUGAAAGACUGGUUGAACUGGACUGAGCUGUUCAAAUCCUCAGAAAUAAAGACGUAUUCAUCAGAUAUUUGAGCUUUCUAUCAACAUUAUUCUACUGGAUUUGGAGCUCACUGAAAGAAUGGCUCAUUCACUGCUCCAUGUUUGAUGUCCCAUAAAAUGAGCUGACUUUAAUGGAGUAGAGCUGAAUCAGUGUCUAGAACAUCCAUUCUAUGUUCAUAUGAAGCCUGUCUCUAUGAGAAUAUCUCUACUGUAGCUGUAGAUCCUCCACAUGGCUCAGUGGGACACACAGGCCGUCACAUUGAUCUCACUGAUUAAUAGUCUUUAUAAAAUCACUAUUAAAAAUGAUUCUCCUGGAGGGAUUUCAUCAAGUAGAUCUUCUCUGAAUCCUUUAGUGAGCACUAAUCCCUCCCUGCACUCUCUACACACUGUUCUUGAGCUAAUCUCAGGAGUGAGGAAAUUUCACCACUGGACUUGUUGCACAGGUGGCAUCCUA